UUGGAAGGAACUUUCCGGGGGAAUUGGAGACACGUAGAGAAAAUUAGUUGUUAGCCGUUUCUUUUCGAGAAGCCGCUUGCUACUAGCAAAAUAAAAUAAUUUUGUAAUUUCGCAUGCUGAGUAAUUUUCAAAUGUUAACUAGAAGCCUGGUGUCUCUGAGAUUUGCCUUUUUUCCUCUCCAAACCUUCAUCUUUUCCAGACAGGCAUUUCAUUCUACUCUAAAAAUAAGGAUGUCUUCACUACAACAAAGAAACCAGACUUCAGAUUCAGGCAAUAAUAUCACUGUUUCUAAAAAAAGAGAUUUAAUGACCCAACCAAACAAAGAUCAAUAUAGAGAGCCAACUCGUUAUGAUCAGAUUAUUAAAUCACCUAAUGAUAAAAGAGAUUACAGAGGAUUGAUUUUGCAUAAUAAGUUGAAAGUGUUGCUUGUAAGUGAUCCAAUGACUCACAAAAGUGCUGCUUCUUUAGAUGUCAAUGUUGGUUGCUUAAGUGAUCCAGAUGAAUUACCUGGUCUUGCUCACUUUUGUGAACAUAUGUUAUUUCUCGGUACAACCAAGUAUCCAGAAAUAAACAACUAUAACCAAUUUCUUUCUCAACAUGGUGGAGCUAGUAAUGCUGCAACAUAUCUUGACCAUACAAAUUACUACUUUGAUGUUAAUCCAGAUAAAUUUGAAGGUGCACUUGAUCGGUUCUCUCAAUUUUUCAUAUCACCUCUAUUUACGGAAUCUGUAACUGAGAAAGAAAUAAAUGCUGUACAUUCUGAACAUGAAAAAAAUUUGGCCAGCGAUAGUUGGCGAUUAGAUCAAUUAGAUAAAUCAUCAGCAAAACCAAACCAUGCAUAUGCUAAAUUUGGAACAGGAAAUAAAGAUACAUUGGAUAUUAUACCGAAACAAAAACAUAUUGAUGUAAGAAAAGCACUAUUAGAUUUUCACAAUACUUGGUAUUCAGCAAAUAUUAUGUCCUUAUGUGUUCUUGGCAAAGAGAACUUGGAUGACUUAGAAAAAAUGAUAAUCAAAAUGUUUUCUGAUAUUGAGAAUAAAGACAUUGAAGCGCCAAAUUGGACUGAACAUCCAUUUAAUGAUGAACAUUUUGAAACAAAAUGGUUCAUUGUGCCAAUAAAAGAUGUUAGAAAUCUAAAUAUUACUUUUCCUAUUCCAGACUUGCAAGAACAUUUUCGAUCUUCUCCUGUGUAUUAUUGGUCGCAUUUAUUAGGACAUGAAGGAAAAGGUUCAUUAUUAUCUGCAUUAAAAGAAAAAGGAUGGUGCAAUUCUUUGGUAUCAGGAAAAAAACCAUCAGCCAGAGGUUUCGACUUUUUUAGUGUCUGUGUUGAUUUAACGGAAGAGGGAAUUCUUCAUGUUGAUGAUAUUAUCACAAUGACUUUUCAGUAUAUCAACUUGCUUAAAAAAGAGGGGCCGGUAAAAUGGAUUUUCGAUGAAUACAAGGAUAUAACAAUGUUGAACUUCAGAUUUAAAGAGAAAUCUUUAUCAAGUAAUUAUGUGACAUCCACAGUGCAGUCCCUACAGAAAUAUCCAAUUGAAGAAGUACUAAAUGAUCCUAGAUUUUUUACUGAAUGGAAGCCAGAUCUUAUAAACGAGGUGUCAAAAUAUCUUGUACCAGAAAAAAUCAGAGUACAUGUGGUAGCCAAGGUUUUUGAUAAAGAUGCAAAUAGCGUCGAACAGUGGUAUGAAACCAAAUAUAAGAAGGAAAAAAUUCCAAAAGAGCUAAUUGAUAAGUGGAAUAAUGCUGGCUUCAACGAUGCAUUUCAUCUCCCUGAAAAGAAUGAAUUCAUACCAAGCAAAUUUGAUAUUAAGCCCAAUGAAAAGAUAGAGAAAUUUCCAGUUAUUACAGAAGACAAUCCAUUUGUUCGUGUUUGGUAUAAACAAGAUGAUGAAUUCUUUGUACCUAAAGCUGUAAUGACUUUUGAUUUUGUAAGUCCGCUCGCUUACAUUGAUCCAAUUAGUAGUAACAUGACCUAUAUGUUCGUUCAAUUAUUCAAAGAUUCUCUAAAUGAAUAUGCAUACAACGCCGAUUUAGCAGGUCUAAAAUGGGAAUUAAAUAAUUGUAGGCAUGGUUUAAACUUAAUAAUAACUGGAUAUGAUCAUAAAUUAGAUGUUUUACUAGAAAAAAUUUUAGAACGAAUGGUUAAUUUUACAAUUGACGAAAAGAGAUUUGAAAUACUUAAAGAAGCCUACAUCAGAGGCUUGAAUAAUUUUGAGACUGAACAACCUUAUCAACAUGCAGCUUAUUAUUUGACAGUACUCUUAUCGGAACAUAUAUGGGUUAAAAAUGAACUUUUAAAUGCUUGUUCUAUGUUAACAGCGGAAAGAGUUAAACAAUUUGUACCACUUCUUUUAAGUAAAAUGCAUAUUGAAUGUUUGAUCCAUGGUAAUAUUACUAAAACUGAAGCUGUAAAAGUUGUUAAGAUUUUAGAAUCGAAAUUGAUUUCUUCAGUAAAGGAUUUAACACCUCUACUACCCAAACAAUUAGUGCUGCAUAGAGAAGUUGAAUUACCAAAUGGUUGCCAUUUCUUAUAUAAAGUAGAGAAUAAACACCAUGUAAGUUCAUGUACACAAAUUUAUUACCAAAGUGGAAUGCAAUCAACUGAAAAUAAUAUGCUUCUUGAACUGUUUACACAAAUCAUAUCCGAACCUUGUUUUAAUAUUUUGCGUAACGAGGAGCAGCUUGGCUACAUUGUAUUUAGUGGAAUCCGUAGGAAUAAUGGAGUUCAGGGUUUACGAGUAAUUGUACAAAGCAAUAAAAGUCCGGAAUACGUUGAAAAAAGAAUAGAUUUAUUUAUGGAAUCAAUGCUGAAAUAUAUUACAACGAUGUCCGAUGAAGAAUUUAAUAGGCAUAAAGAAUCAUUAGCUACACAACUGUUGGAAAAGCCAAAAAUGAUGAGCAGACAAUCAGGCAUUUAUUGGCUUGAAAUUUCUUUACAACAAUAUAACUUUGAUCGUAUGAACAUUGAAGUAGCAUAUUUAAAGACAAUUAUGCGUAAUCAAAUAAUCGACUUCUAUAAGAAUAUUGUACAAACAAAUUCGCCACAAAGACACAAAUUGAGCAUCCAUGUGGUGUCAACUGCAGAAGGUAGCACAAAGAUCCAAGAGAAGACGUCCCAAAUAACAGCGGAUGUCGCUAAGUCCGAAGAUGAGAUUAUAGUUGAGGAACCAAGGCGCAUUAACGACAUACUCCAAUUUAAGAUGAGCCACCCGCUUUACCCACUUGCCAAGCCGUUUACCAAUAUCCCGAGGAAAGGGACGCAGCAGCAAUCAAAGCUGUGAAAGCAACGACGGCCUGCCACCGUCACGUCCGAGUCACCAAUCGAAAAACGGAAGCGCUGUUGAGUGUGUGAAGGCAGGCUGGAUUUUUAAUGAAUAAUUGUAUAUCUACAUGCUGAGAAACAUUUUAUAUUUCUAUAUUUUGA